UACAAAUAUGAACGGCAUGAAUAACGUCAAUAUGAACAACAUGGGGAUGGGCGUUAAUGGAAUAGCAGGCAUGGCAGGCAUGACUGGGAUGGCAGGCAUGACCGGGAUGGCGUCCAUGGGCGGUGUACCAGUUUCUAUGAGCCCUCAGGGAAUGCCCAUGAGUUUCCCCAACGGCAUGGUUCAGCAGCAGAUGACGCCGCAAAUGAUGAAUUUUUUGCAACAACAGCAGCAGGCUCAGCAGUUGCAACAGCAACACCAGCAAAACAUGCUUCGCCUGCAGCCCCAGAUGGCACAAGCUUCGCUCCAGAUGGGUAUGGCACUCACGCCGCAGCAACAGAGCCAGCAGAUGCUUCUCCAGCAAUCACGGUUACAGGCGCAACGGAUGAACAACGGUGCCGUUGCCUCCAUGGGGAACAUGCGUCCGGUGGCAAAGAAUGCAAAGAGUUUUGGGCAGAACGCAAGUGCGGGGGGUAAUGUGCAAAACGCCAAUGUCCAGAACACCAAUGUGCACGCCCAAAACGCGCAAAAUGCCCAGAAUGCGCAAAAUGCUCAGAACGCGCAAAAUGCUCAGAACGCACAAAACGCUCAGAACGCUCUCAUGAAGCAGCAGGCGCAAAAGGUUAGCCUCCAGCAGGCUCAGCAACAAGCUCAGCAACAGGCUCAGGCCCAGCAACAGGCCCAGCAACAGGCCCAGCAACAGGCCCAGCCAAAGGCGGCUACGCCGCCGGUGGCGCCUACCGCUGACAAGCCCAAGCCAGAGGCCCCUAUCCAGUCUACGCCCCAGCUCAACAUGUUCAAGAAGCAAAUGGCCAACAGCGCCAUCCUCAAGCUCUUGGACUUGUGCGAGCUCAUUUCUAUCAAGGGUCCGACCAACCGUGACAUCGGGUACUGGCAGAAAAUUGUGUCAGAAUAUUUUGUUGAGACCGGAAUCGUCAACUAUCUCGUUAAAAACGGUAACAGCGAUACGCGGCAGUUUGAAAUCAUUCAGCCAAUCUUGGCACGUAUGAUGCAUGCGUUGAUCAUGAGCGGGAUUGAGUGUAUCGACAUGCAGCCGAGCCUCAUCCGUGCGCAGUUCCUCGCCAACGGCGUGUCGUACUUGGAGAGCUCGAAGUGCUCCAUCACGCACUGGUUCAAUGACGGUUCGUACUUGUGUCUCCGGGGUACGCUCCGCAUCAUCUUCAACCAACAGUUGAAGAUCGACUGGUUCGACAUCCAGAUCGAUAACUUUGCGCCGGGCAUGAACUGGCCCGUGAUUGAGAAGAUCUUGGAGGAGUGCGGUCAUCGCGAGGGCACAGCUGCCCCCAGCGAAACUGUUAGAGAUGCCUUGGACGAGAUCAAGGGUUCUUUUAAGGUGUUUGAGAACAUGUCCAACUUUGGCUUCAAGGAAUCAGUCAUGCGGGUGAUGCAGGUCGGCGACGUCAUGACCCAUUUGCAAUCCUUGAUGGGCUUUUAUGCCAGCACUAACUCCACGUAUCGCAAACAGGCGCAGGCAAACGAGGCUCCGUAUCCGACGGCGUAUGGUCCUUUGACCGCGCUCGAGCAGUACGUGGGCUCGAUGCAGCUCCAGAGCAACCAAGCUGCUGCGUCCACCGGGGCGGCCUAUCUGGCGCAGUCACCGACGUCUGUGUCGAAUGCUUCCAACCUGACUUCCCUGAAGGCAGCAGAGCCCCCGAAGCCCAAGCGAAAACUUAGCGGCGUGAGAAAGACCGACACUAUUUCGCCCAAGAUAGAGGCGCGUACGAACAAGAAAGCAAAGAAUUCGGAGUAGGGGUCUAAAGGUUAUUCGUGAACCCUAGCAGAUGAACUGCAAACAAUGUACCGGUAAGUUUAAGUGGCCGUAAGGCCUAAUCGAAAAUAUUGUAAAGAUGUGAUUUUAGAGUUGUAGUAGGGCUUUGUUGAAAGGAGCGUGGUAUGCAUGAGAUCAUGAAUGACCUCGAGUGGUCUGUGGCUUGGAGAUGAGAUCUCAUGGUAGAUAUGACUUGCUGUUAAUAAAGAUUUGCUAAUAAAAGGUUUAUUGCUAAUUGACUUAUAUAUGAGGCUGAAAAAAUCCAAGAGUCUGAAAAAAA